UACACACCAUAUUUUAUUUACUUGGAAUCUUUGGAUGGCUUUUGGGGGACACACAAACUUCCUCGUUUUCUUGCACACUUCUUAACCAUCUCUCUCUCUCUCUCUCUCUAAAAUUAGUUGCCUGAAACUGGAUUUGUUAUUGCUGACGGUGGUGCACUGUCGUUUUAUCUCAGGGUUUGGUUACUUUAAUUGCAUCUUAGCUAGGGUGGUGGAGUUGGGGGCCCAUUUAAGUUUUAUGUCCGAAAUUUAGUCUCUAGAUUCUUUGAUUUAUUAUUGCUCCUUAGAUUUUCUUGGAAUGAGGUCAAAAUGUGUAGCACCUCCUGCUUGCUUAUUGGGAAUAGGGUUUUGAGAAAUAUUGGCCAAAAUGGGUGGUGGGCUUACCACUAAAAGGUCCAAUUCAACAUAAAACAAAAGGUAGCUAGGAUUUGAUGGAACGCAGAGGUCAAGAGAGAGAUAUCGGCCUGAAUCCAGAAUCAGAAUCUCCGGUGAAGCUGCCGCUUGCCGCCAUUGUUUCGACUCCGGCGGAUAGGAGGGGAAAUGCGACGGCGCCUACCCGCCGCGGGAGCGCCAUUUUCAGCCCUACCCAAACCCUAGAUCACCGGCAGCGGCUGAAAGACCCCUCCCCAGAUCCAGAUCCAUCCACCCCCACAGCUGAGGGGCCGUCAAAUUCAAGGACUCCGCCGUCGCCGCCAAACAAUUGUGUUAUUAGAUAUAGAGAAUGCCUGAAAAAUCACGCCGCCAGCAUGGGCGGUCAUGUCGUCGACGGAUGCGGAGAGUUCAUGCCCAACGGAGAGCAAGGCACGGCCGAGGGUCUGCGAUGCGCCGCCUGCGAUUGCCACCGCAAUUUCCACCGGAAAGAAGUCGACGGCGAGGCGCAGCCCUCCAACCUGUACCAAUUCCGGACACCAGUGGUGAACACCCAAACUCCGCAGGCGGCGGGAGGCUUCGGCGCGGCGGCGCCUGCUAUCAUGAGCUUCGGCGAUGAGUCUUCAAGCGAGGAUCUGAACAUGGGCGGCGGCGGGGGGCAUGCAGCGGGGUCGAAGAAACGAUUCCGGACGAAAUUCAGCCAGGAGCAGAAGGAUCGGAUGCAGGAAUUGGCGGAGAAAUUGGGGUGGAGGAUUCAGAAGCAAGACGAGCAGCAAGUGCAGCAGCUCUGCCAAGAAACCGGCGUAAAGCGCCAGGUUUUCAAGGUGUGGAUGCACAAUAACAAGCAGGCCAUCAAGAAGAGGCAGAUUUGAACGUUUUAAUUAGGUGAGUCAUCAAAUCUUAAUUUACCUCUCUAAUGUUAAUGUAAUCAUUACUUGAUUAAUUAAUCACCUCAUUCUUCCCUCUAA